AUGUCAGGCAAGGAAGAUAUGAUGUCUGAAAGUGGAGAUGAUGUUGACUCUGUUCCUGAUGACUUCAAAACAUUCAAAAAUAGAUCACUUAAACGUGACAUUGGUGGCAUUGAAAUUGAAAAUGAAAUUUUGGUUAAUCAGGUUCAGCAUUCUGAAAGAAAAAUAGAAAUUUUGCAAAACCUACUUGAAAUAGCCAAUGAUAAAUAUAAAGAUGUAUGCACAUAUAAACAAGAAAGUUAUAAAUUGAAAGAGGAACUUCAGGAGUGGGAAGACAAGUAUGAUUCUUUGUCAUCAGAAUAUGAAAAAACAGUAGAAGACUUAUAUGAUAAAAAACAAAAGUUACAAAAGCAAUCCACUAGAAAUUUGAAUAAAAAACUGAAAAGAAGAGAUAACACAAUAGAAGAAAAGGGCAAAAUAAUAGCAGAGAAAGAGAGAGAGUUGGGGGAGAAAGAAAGGGAGAUUGAAAGUGUGAGAGAAGAGAAUGAAAUGAUAGCAUGUAAGACACUUUCCAGAUUACCAAGCACUGGGGUGAAAAGUAGACUUUUAUUGGAAGCGAAAAGGGUAGCUAACCAACAGGUUGCAAAAGAAUUGCUUAGUACAGAACGCCAGGCAAAAGACCAGCUACCUGGUGGAAGAUAUUGGAAUUUAAAUGAACAAGUUUGUUCAAGGUUGUCUGCGGUACCUACCACAAAUACUGUGUCUGAGCGUGACUUUGCCCAACUUGACAUGUUAAUGAGGUCCAAACCUUCAGCUGCUGUGACAACAUUUGAAGCCAUUAUAAUGUGGUCAAACAAUAAAACAUCAGACUGGUUAAAUUCUUUGUCACCAGAAGAACAUGCACAGGUAAUAAACGAAGCUAGGGUAAGUACACCAGAAUUUCAAAAAUCAAUUAAAGAAAAGCAACAGUUAUUAUACCAGAAAAAGUUAGAAGUUUUAAAGAAAAAGCAGGAAAAAAAGGUAAAACAAGAGGAGAAACAACAUUCAAACAAAGUAAGGUUGACACAAAAAAUAACUGAAAUUGGUGGUCUGUGGACUAGUUUAGAAGACUUAGAAAAGUUCAAAACUGGCAAAGAUAAAGGUAAAUUUAAAGAAGCAAUUCUUACCCAGUUGCAAUUUAGAAGAGUAGUUUUAAACAGCAAAGGCCAAAAAAAUCUCUUUCAGCAACAACACAAAGGGCAGCAAUACACAUUAGAACAACAAGAAGACAACCUUAAACAGGUAAUCAUUCUAAAUUUGGAUGAAGAAGCUGUAAGAAAUUUAAACACAAAUGUAGAGACCCCAGAAUCUGGCGUAGUGGAAUGGUAUCAGGAAAUGACCAGUAAAAAGGGCAGACCGGAAAAACUUAAAAACUGCUGUGAAGAAAACAUGACACAUGCGUUUAACGCUGUUAAAGCAGGGACGAUGAGUAUUUCAGCAGCGUCCAGGGCAUAUAAUGUCCCAAGAAUGACUCUUUCAGAUAGGGUAAAUGGAAAAGUACAAUUAGAAGCUAAAAUGGGAGUCAAACCUGCAUUAACGAGGAAGAAACUUCGUUAUUACAUUAUAUAG